AUGAUUCUGAAAUUCAAGAUUUUACUGCUACUAACCACGUUUAUACAAACCUCAUUAGGAAUCAAUUGUUAUUCAUGCAUUUCUCCGGACAAAUUGUAUAAUGCGACUCUUCGCCGUCAAUUCGCAACCCAAUCUGAUUUAUUUUUCUAUCCGCUGAAUCCGAAAACCGAAACGUGCAGAAAGCCAAUAGAUGCGAAUAUUCCGUUGCAAAUCGAAGCUGACAUUUGCUCAAAAUAUCCCCUGUGCAUCACUUUGUUCCCAAAUCUGCCAAAAGCCUCAUUUGUCAUUCGCGGAUGCUUUGAACAUGUAAUGAGAUAUGCCUUCCGCGAAUCGGAUAAACUUCAGAAGCCAGGAUGCUUCCUUAUCCACUCGGUUUCGACCUUCCAUAAUGUUCCCCCAAUGGAUUAUAUUGCUUGUAUUUGUCAAGGUGCUUACUGCAACACGAUGGCGAUUCCCGAAACUGUUCCCGAAUCCUAUUCCUUCACUCAUUCCAAUAUUCUGCAAUUGAAUGCUUCGAAUCCAGAAGGCGCUCUUCGAGUAGUUUCGAGUUCAUCGCCAUUUUCGCAACUUUCGAUUCGCUAUCUUUGUAUAUUUUGUACAUUACUACUUCACUCAAUAUUCCAAUAA